UCACAAAUAUCGAAGAACGAGGCUGCCAACGAGAAGACCUUCGCGGAUAGAACUCAAGUUUACUUACAUUAUUCGUCACCGCAUUGUUAUUUAAAGGCUGUUCAUAAUGCUCGACCAACAUUAGAAAUGAAACAAGACGACUUUAUUCCUUACGCUUAUGACAAAACAGCGUAUUUAACUGGAUUUUAUACAUCAAGACCAGACUUAAAGUAUUUUAUUAGAGUUGGAAAUGUUUUCUUACAAAUGUCAAAACAAUUGCAAGUACUCGCUAAAUUGGGAUUUGACAAUGUUUUAGAGGACUUUAUGUGGAUCAUGGGUGUUCUUCAAGACCACAAUAUAAUCUCGGGUGCACUACGGGAUCACGCUAAAAGUUAUUAUAUUAAGAAGUUGGAUGUAGCUAUACAAAGAUCUAUGGCGUUGAUUGAAAGCGGGAUUAACAAACUUCGAAAGAGUCCAGUUGCGAUAAAAUACCAUCGCUGUGAGUUCAACUCAUCAACAUGUGCUUUCACGGAAUCGCCCGCAUUUCAUAUGGUGAUAUAUAAUUCAUUAGCAUGGCGCGUGUCUUCUCCCGUCAGAAUACCAGUAGAGAAAGCUAAAUAUAUCGUGUUUGAGUCAAACGGUAAUAUUAUAAAUGCCUCACUUCUACCAAUAUCUACCCAUGUACUGAAAAUUCCCACUCGAAAUACGAAGGCAGAACACGAACUAGUCUUCAUUGCGACUGAUAUACCACCUCUUGGUUUUAAAUCAUACUUCUUUAAAAAAAUAGUAAAAGAAAAGCGAUCAAUAAUAAAAAAGUUAAGCCCACAUCCUCAAAAGAAGUAUUAUAUACGCCAAGCACCAGACGUUUACAAUAAAACAUAUUUUGAAGAAAUGACAAAUUAUGACGAAGUUGAUGAUUUAGAUAAAGUAUAUUCAUCGAAAUUUGAUUACAACAAUAAUAGAGAAUAUACGGAAAACAAUAUAGAUUAUGCAGAAUCAAAUGAUAUUAAAAAGGAAGAUAGUUACGCGUCUAUUAAUAGUUAUUUAGCUGAUAACAGAGAUGUUAUAACACCGCUGUCUGAUCAGAUCCCAAAAAGAACAGAACCUUACGAAUUGGAGAAUAUUAUGGAAGAGACUAAUUUUAGAAAACCAAUUUAUUUUUUACCUGUAACGGCAAAAUAUGUAGAAGUUACUCGGACGAUGCCAGUUGUUAAUGCUUUCGUUAAUGAAGAUGAACCGAAUACAGAAGAAUCGUCAAUUCGACAAGAUCCAACAGAUUUUAUUGAAUCCCCAACAGAUGUAAGUGAAACAGCAUCAUCUUCUUCAGAAGCAUACGAAUCAGUAACAACAGCGACACUAACAUCAGAAACGACACUAGCGACGGAAAUAAUGCCAUCAACAGAAACUAUACAAGCCUCUGAAAGAAGUACAACUGAAGAAAUUACAUCCACAGAUGGAAUUUCAACAGAAACAUCAACAUCUUCUGAAGUCACAGAAACUACAGAAGUACCAACGACAACCACAUUGGCUGAAGAAAGCCCAACCGAACAGACUUCAGAAACAUGUUCUACAGAAGAGACACAUAUUUCAGAAACAAUUUCAACAGAAAUGACAGAGCUUUCAGAAAGUUCAACAUCCACAGAAUUGAAUUCAGAAAGUUUAAUAGCAGCAAUGCAAAAUGUAAUAGCUAUCCAUGUAACUCGAACAACACAUAGAUCUUUUACAACAGACGUCACACAGAUAUUAGAAGAAGAAGAUUCCAUUACUCUAAAACCUGAAUUAUUUGCAAACGAUGUAACUCGCACAACAAAAGCAACACUAAGGUCUUAUUCGACAGAAUCAGCAACUCUAGCAACAGCAACAACACAAACGGCAACACAUGAAACUUCAACACUAGAAAUAACCUCAGACGUAGCCACGACAAUAAAAGACAUUGCAAUAGAAUCUGAAAUUUUGGAGAAACCUAAAAUCAGUUAUACUGAGAAACCAGAUAUAGCGCAAGCACCAAUAUUUAGAGUUUAUGAUGUAAAAGAUGAAUCAUAUUAUGCAGUGCUUUCUAAAGAUACAUUUAUAGAGAAUAAGUACAUAAAGAUAAAUUUGGAUCAAGACAAAAUAUCAUCGAUUAAUCUUUCAAAUAACAUUAGCACCUCACUGGACAUACAAUUUUUCUACUACAUAUCGGAUGAUCCAGAUAAAUUAAACAAACUAAACGAGACAUUAAGCCCUGGAGUGUAUAUCUUUAGACCAAUGGACCCUAAUCCAGUACCUAUAAUAGAUUAUCUAGACACUAAAGUAUAUAAAACAAAUGUGGUACAAGAAAUACAUACUGGGUACGCUGAUUAUGCAUCUGUGGUUAUAAAACUAUAUGCCAAUAGUCCAUUUAUAGAAUUAGAUUGGACUAUCGGGCCAUUACCCGAAGACGAUUAUGGGAAGGAAGUUUUUAUAAGAUAUUCCACAGACUUAAACAACGAUGGAGUGUUUUAUACAGAUUCAAACGGACGGCAAACGGUUAAAAGAAUUAAGAAUAGACGAGCUACGUAUGAACCAUAUAAUAUAGAGGAAAUCGCUGGUAACUUUUAUCCAGUCACAUCAAAAAUUUAUAUAGAAGAUACAGAGACAGACAUUCGAUUCGCAGUUUUCAACGAUAGAUCACAAGGCGGAACUUCCUUAACACCGGGAACCAUAGAUCUUAUGAUCCAUCGUCGAAUUAUGACCGACGACUCGGGCACUAAUAUAUUUUUAAACGAAACUAUGGACGGAAAAGGGAUCACUAUAAGUGGGAAACAUUAUUUAUAUCUAUCUAAAUCUAAAUAUAAACCGAAUAAAGUGUUCGAAAAGAAGUUAGCCAAGGAAAUUGAGUUAAAACUUGUAUAUUUGAUUUCGAAUACGAAAAUGCAUCUACAAAAAUGGCUGACAUUGACAAAUGAAUUUUCAGGGAUUGACAAACUGCCAUUGGGCGUUCACGUUUUGACAUUACAGAAUUGGAAUGACGGAACGCUAUUGAUAAGACUAGAGAAUUAUUUAGAAAAAUGUGAUACUGUUAAAACUGGGGUAAAAUAUGUGUUCUUAAAGAAUUUAUUUUAUAACAUAGAAAUAGAGAAUAUAAAGGAGACAACAUUAGCAGCUAAUGAAUGGAAAUCGGAAUUUGUACAACUGAAGUGGGAGACAAACGGGAGUUUUUUCAAAAAUUUUAAUGAGUAUUAUGGUACUGAUAAAGUGGAAUAUGAUUUAGAUGAAAUCAGAGGUGAUGACGCGGAUUUAGAUGGUGGAAUACGACUAAUUCCACAACAGAUUAGGACGUUUGUUGUUUGGUUUAAUAAUAAAAAUCUUUAAAGUUA